AAUGUGGGGAGCGGCGGGUCGCGCCGUGAGCAGCGUCUGACUGAUUUCAGCUCAGAAAAACCGAAACUUGUUGCUGUUCUUUCCGCUUCUCUCCCGUUCUGUGCAUCUCGUUCAUAGCACUUGACAUGCUGCGAGGCUCCUGUGACACCAAGUCUUCAGCUGCCCUGCGGGGUUCUUCGUCCUCUGAGCCGCAUCAGCACGUUAGGAAACAUAAGAGUGAGACAGGUUUGGAUGAUGAGAAGAAUACAACUGCCUCUGGAACUGGAAGGAGACUUGCAUCUCUUGGAUCACUGCCGGUUAGUGGGAAUGUGAAGCCUAGAAAAGAUCUUAUCCUUAUGAGAGAGAAAAAGAAGCAGAAGACACUGGAGAAGGAGAUUCGUGUAUUAGUGAGAGAACGUGGAGAGCAGGAUAAAAAACUUCAGGCCCUGGAUGAAGACUUUGUUAAGAUGGAAGCUAAGCUGAGUGCUGCAGUUCAGGAGAAAACAUCUCUUCUGGCAAAUGUUGCUUGCCUGAAAAAACAGCUUCUGGAAUUAACACGAACCAAUGAACUAUUAAAAUCUAAGCUAUCUGAAGACAGUGUGCAGAAGAAAAUGAGCAGUCUAUGUAUGGAGUUAAUGAAGCUCAGAACCAAGAGGGAUGCUAAGGAGAAGACUGCACUUGCGAAGCAGGAGAACAUGGAAAUGAAGCUGCAGGAAGUACAGAGGAAUCUGGAGCAUUCAAAAGGAAAAGUAGCACAGUUACAAGAAAAACUGUCUGCUACGGAGAGAGAGAAAGUGGAAGAUAAGUGUGACACUGAAAGACUCCUGGAUUAUAUCACAGAGCUCAGUGGUGCUGCAGAAGCUGUAGAGAAAUACAAGCUAGGCGUUGCUCAGAUGGAGGAGAUGUUGAUCAAGAAAGACCAGGACAUCAAGAUCCUGAGGGAUGCACUCCAAACAAAAGAGGAAGAAUCAAACACACUGAUUAGAGCACUUAAUGAAAAGUGUGAGUUGCUUGAACAAGAGAAAGAGAGAGAAUCAUCUGAGAGCAGAGGAAAAAUCUUGAGUAUGAAUGCUGAAAUAGAAGAGCUGAAAAAUAAAGCACUUGUAGAGGAGCAAGAACACCAAAAACUGCUUCAGAAACAAGAGGAGUUCAUCUCUCAGCUGCAGCAAGAGAGGGAGUUGUCUGCAUCUAUGCACCAGAAGUUACUAAAUCUUCAAGAUGAGGUAAUGAGUGAGAGAUGUCUCCUGGAGGAGGAGCUCAAGAGUGCAAUGAAGGAGCUGGACAAACUCCAUGCCAAAGAGAAGAAAGCUGAGAAACUGGUGAAGCUGUUGGAAGAAGAAACCAAAUCUAAAGCCCUUGAACUUGCACAGAUGGAUGUGAAGCUAAAAGGGAAGAAUGCUGAGUUGGAGCAAAUCAAAGAAAUGCACAGCAAUACAGUUCUGCAAAUCCAAGAAGAGCUGAACAACACACUGCGUAAACUGGGAGAGAAUGUUGCUGAAUUUGAAAGCUACAAGACGACAAUAGCUGAAGAAAUACACAGUCUUACAAUGGAGAACACUUCUCUGCAGGAACAAGUUGCUGACCUGAAAAAAAUACAUGAAGAUAAUCUACAGCUGCUUCAGGAAGCAGAACACGCUAAAAACAAGACAAAGGAAGAAUGUGCAAGGAUGAUUUUAGAAGCCCAGACAAAGCUUGCACUAAAAGAAGCAGAAGCAGAGAGAACAAAAGAGUCUUGCCUCAUACAAGUGACAAAGCUACAGGAAAAACUGGAAGAGCUAACAGAAGAUCUGAAACAAAAGUCUGAAGUGGAAAAGUCAAGGAAAACUAUACAUGAUGAUGUGAUCUCUAGCUUAAAAGAAGAGAUAAAGACCUGGCGUAAUCUAUAUGAAGAACUGCAUAACAAAACUAAGCCUUUUCAGCAACAACUAGAUGCAUUUGAAGCAGAGAAAAAUGCUCUCUUGAAUGAGCAAGGUGCAGCCCAAGAAGAACUGAAUAAACUAAGUGAAGCAUAUGCUAAGCUACUUGGCCACCAAAACCAGAAACAAAAAAUCAAGCAUGUUAUGAAGUUGAAGGAAGAUAAUACCCACCUGCAGCAGGACAUAACAAAACUGCGUGCACUUCUUGCAAAAGAGAAACAAACAAACAGAGAUCUGCAGGAGCAGCUACAUAAAAUUCAGGGCAUUAGGCGUUUUGAUCCUUCUAAAGCAUUCCAGCAUAAUAGCAAGGAAAAUGUUCCUCCAAAAACUCCUUUUAAAGAAGGUAAUAGAAACUAAGUUUAGUCUUCUCACUGUUGAGAGACUUCUCACCAAUACGCUCACAUACUGCGGAGGAUUUCAACAGACUUCUCAAGGUGAACUUGUGUGCCAUCUGUAUUAGAUGCUAUCAAGUAAUCACACUAACAAACAAUCCAUUUUCAGAAAAACUAUUUGGUCAUACUCUUAUUUGCAGAUGGCAUAACUGAUAUAUUGCAAACUCCUGGUAGUAUCACUGUAACUGCCAUUGUUUGACUUGCUUUGUUUUCUGAAGUUACUUAGCUGGUUUUCAGCAGGUCAGCUUAUGUUUGGAAAAGGUGGAUAAUUGUUAGGGAUAAAGGGUGACAAACACAAGGUGCCUUUGUGAAUAUGUUGUUUUGUAACUAUCUAAUUUCUGCAAUUUAUGUUAAAUUGAUUUUUGCUGGUAAUAGUUGCUUUGAUGCCAAUGGCAGAAAUGAUGUCCGAAAAUCCUUUUUCCUUAAUGGCUUUAUGUAUUAUAGAUCAAUUGUUAAAACAACACUGUGUAGUUGGCAUGGAUAUUUUUAAUGGGAUCCAUAUUUAAGACAUGCUAACUUCAUUCAUGGGGCUGGAUAAUGUGACUCUCCAGAAAAGGAUUUCCAGGUCAAACUCAAAACAACUGCCUUGUCCACCUAAAUGUUUGUAUCAUGUGGCCAAGGUAAGUGUCUAAAGGGAAGUUUGUUCUACAGAUGUGCUCAUAAGACUUAAAUUGUUGUGGUCAUUUUAACUGUCUAUCUGAACUCCUGUUAUAUGAAAGAGAAUACCAACAGAACUUGGUUUGACUGAGAGGAUGCCUACUACCUGCUGAUUGUACAGAGAUGAGUUUUUGGCAAGGUGGAAGUAAUCUGUUGAAAUGCAUCAAAAAUCAAGGAUAUUUUAGAAUAAAUAUUUUUAAUGAUG